AUGGCGCAUUGCAGCGUUGCGAUGAGAGAGGAUGUUGUGGGGAGUGGUGGUGUGGUGGCCCGUCUCGAAGGCGGACUCUUACGUUGGUUCAUGGAUCAGGGAUCAGGGAUCAGGGUCCUCCGACGAGACCCGAGAAUCCCCCGUUUCUCACGUCCAGACCAGAAGAAUCAGUGCGUGACACCUGCUGGUAACGAGUCAACGACGACCGUGGAAGACGACGACGACGACGACGACGACACCUUGGACCUCAACAACCAAGAGUCCAGAGACUCCAAGACCACCAUGGGGGAGUCCAAACAGCCCAUUGACAACACGUCAGAUUCGGACCAGAUCUCUGUCCCGCCAAGAACCGACACCAUGAUCGAAAAAGGUAGCAAGGAAAUCAGCCCUUCAACAGACGCCGAGAAACAGACAGAGCAAUCGCCAGAACCCCAGAGUCCUCCACCACCACCAAACGGCGGGUAUGGCUGGAUUUGCACAUUAUGCGUUGCCCUCAUAAAUGCUCACACCUGGGGCAUCAAUUCCUCCUACGGCGUCUUCCUCGCACACUACCUCUCUACUGACACCUACCCCGGAGCAACAUACCUGCAAUAUGCCUUCGUCGGCGGGCUGUCCAUAUCGGUGGCUAUGCUCGUGUCCCCGCUGGCAACCCUGUCAACGCGCUAUUACGGGACUCACUUCAGUCUAUGCGUCGGCACAGUCCUCGAGGCAGGCGGCCUAAUCGGCGCCUCGUUUGCGUACAACAUUUGGCAGCUGUUCCUCAGCCAGGGCGUUGCCUUCGGCAUCGGAAUGGGCUUCCUCUUCGUCGCGUCCGUCGGGAUCCCGCCGCAGUGGUUUACCACCAAGCGAUCGCUCGCCAACGGCGUCAGCGCAUCCGGGUCCGGUUUCGGCGGCCUGCUCUACUCUCUGGCUGCCGGGGCCAUGAUCCGAACCAUUGGGCUUGCCUGGUGCUUCCGCGUACUGGGACUCCUCGCCUUUGGCGUGAACGCGAUCUGCAUCGCGCUGAUUCGGGACCGCAACAAGAUUAUUGGCUCCCGGCAUGCGGCCUUCGACAUGAAGCUGUUUAAGCGACCCGAGUACCUUCUGCUCAACGGGUACGGCUUCUUCUCGAUGCUGGGCUAUAUUGCGCUCGUUUUCUCCCUGGCCGACUAUGCGAGGAAAAUCGGGUUGGAUGCCUCGCAGGCGGCUGUGGUCUCCGCCAUCCUGAAUCUGGGCCAGGGCCUCGGGAGACCGCCCACGGGAUACUUCUCGGACAGCAUCGGGCGCAUCAACAUGGCCGGGAUCACCACCUUCUUCUGCGCAAUCUUGACCUUCGUCGUCUGGAUAUUCGCGAACAACUACGGCGUUCUGAUCUUCUUCGCCCUCAUUGGCGGUACCGUGGCCGGCACGUUCUGGGCAACCAUCGGUCCAGUCGCGGUGGAGGUUGUCGGCCUUCAGGAUCUCCCGUCCGCCCUGAACCUCGAAUGGGUCAUCAUCGUUCUACCGUGCACCUUCAGCGAGCCGAUCGCUCUCGAGAUUUUCGGAGCCACGGGGAAUUACCUGGGAACUCAGAUCUUUAUUGGGUUCAUGUACACUGCUGCGGCUCUGUGUGUCCUGUUCCUCCGGGGAUGGAAAAUCGGUGAACUGAACGAGAUUGCGAGACUGAAGAGUGAAAACCCGGAUGAUGUCCAUGCUGGGGAUGCUGGGAUGGGAUCGACAAACGAAGCGGCAAGGGUCGUAGGGAGAGGCACCAUGUGGAAACAUUUCUGGGAAUGGCGCAAAGUAUGAAGGCCUUGGCAUUCGGUGAGUUGAACAACAAACGGACGGAAACAAACAAACAAAAAAGGAAAACAAGGGGAAAAAAAGUUGUGAAAUGGUAUACGGGGGUUAUUUCUUACGGACACACGAACAUGGACUUGGAACUAUCAGCUUACAUGACUGGCGUUAUUGCGCUUAUAGCACGUACAGCCUAUGACCCAGAGUAGAU